AUAAAUCCACGUGUUUGCAUGUUUUGAUUUUGAUUUUGAUUAAUGUUUACUUUUAUUUUUGUCAAAUUAAAUAAUUUUUUUGGUUUUUAAAAAGAAAUGGGUAAAGCACGUGGAGUUUCCAAACGACGAAAGAAAGCCGGAUCAUUUCAUUAUAAACGAAGUAAUAAAUUAAAACGUCAACGUUUGAAAGAAUUACGUAAAGGUGGUUCGAUUAAUUGUGAUGCUGUUCGUCAAUCAUGGGAUCCAAAAAAAUCAUUAAUAAAAAAUAUGAAAACAAUGGGACUUGCUGAAGAUCCGAAUAAAUUACUAAGUGAUGUUAAAUUUUAUGAAAAAUUCAAAAAUCCCGCAUUGAAUAAUGAUCGUAAUGAAAGUAUUGUACAACGUUUACAUAGAAAACUAGAACGAAAUCAUCAAAAAACAUUGAAGAAAAAAAUGAAAAAAUCCAAUGAAUUUGCUGUUGAAAAUGUGGCUGAAAAAUCAACAACAACAACCACAAAAACAACAAGUGUUGCAGAAAAAUUAGCCGAAAUAGCAUCACAACCAGCGACGAAAAAUUUUCGUUUUAGUCCUGAUCAGAUUAAAUUCUGUGCAUAUAUGAUUGAAAAAUAUGGCGAAGAUUAUGAUGCUAUGUGUCGUGAUAAACGAAAUUAUUAUCAAGAAUCUGCUGGACAAAUUCGUUCAAAAAUUCGUAAAUUUCUUUCAAUUCCAUCACAUAGAAAUGUAUAUGAAAUGGCAAAGAAAAUAUGUGAAACUCAAAUUGAUUGAAUUGAAUUACGUUGGAAAUCAUCAGAUGAACAAAUAUCUUUGUAUUUCUUUCAAAUAAAACAUACAUUCAUUGUUAAUUAAUAUAAUAAAAACUAUGAAAAC